GAAGGGCUGAACUCUUGAGCAGAGAUGUUUCCCGAGGUUGUCCCCCUUAACAUCGGAGGGGCUCACUUCACCACGCGCCUGUCCACCCUGCGGCGCUACGAAGACACCAUGCUGGCAGCCAUGUUCAGCGGGCGGCACUGCAUCCCCACGGACGCUGAGGGCCGGUACUUCAUUGACCGAGACGGCACACACUUUGGAGACGUGCUGAAUUUCCUGCGCUCGGGGGACCUGCCGCCCCGGGAGCGUGUGCGGGCCGUGUACAAGGAGGCCCAGUACUAUGCCAUUGGGCCCCUCCUGGAGCAGCUGGAGGACAUGCAGCCACUGAAGGGCGAGAAGGUGCGCCAGGCAUUCCUGGGCCUCAUGCCCUACUACAAAGACCAUUUGGAGCGGAUUGUGGAGAUUGCCCGGCUGCGUGCAGUACAACGGAAGGCCCGCUUUGCCAAGCUCAAGGUCUGUGUCUUCAAGGAGGAGAUGCCCAUCACCCCCUAUGAGUGCCCGCUACUUAACUCCUUGCGCUUUGAGCGGAGCGAGAGUGACGGGCAGCUCUUUGAGCACCACUGCGAGGUGGAUGUGUCCUUCGGGCCCUGGGAGGCCGUGGCUGAUGUAUAUGACCUGCUGCACUGCCUGGUCACAGACCUGUCGGCCCAGGGCCUUGCCGUAGACCACCAGUGCAUUGGGGUGUGCGACAAGCACCUUGUCAACCACUACUACUGCAAGCGCCCCAUCUACGAGUUCAAGAUCACAUGGUGGUGAGUAACCUGGUCAGCAGAGUCCCAUCAGGGAGGGCAUCUGUCCCCCUUGGUGGCUCUGGGAGUAAGAUCCCUGGAGGGGCUGCCAGCUGCCCCAGAACCUGCCAAGGUGAGGACGAGUCCUGAGCUCCAGUCUCCCGCUGCACCUCAGGUUCAGGCUCAGGGCUUCUGGCCCAUGGGGACUUGAACCUGCACUCCCCUGGCCUUUUCUCGGGGCAUGGCAGUCUUUACGUGAGGCUGAUGGAAGCUAGCUAGGGCCUGACCAAGAAGUCUAGAGAGGUAUGUCACCUCCCUGACCUUGCAGGAGGGUUUCUGUCCAUUUUAGAGCCACGUUACCCAGCUGAUGUAGGCACAGUCACUUCGCCAGUCCUGCUCAGGCAUCCUUGUUUGUGCCCCAGUGUGUCAGUAUGAACAUGGAGGAUGAUGGGAAUUAACCCGCAUAGCCACCCAGCAGCCCCUGGCUGAAGAAGAAGGAACGUCUUCUCUCCCGGUGCACCCCUCCCCCAUCCCCAAGAGUAACCCCUCACCUUGUGUUAGGAUGUGGAGAGACUCCUCUUUUCCUUCUGAAACAUGUUCUUCACCACCUUUUGGAGAUUUAACCAUAGUUGCCAAAGCCACGUACCAGGUUGGCCUUAGAAAACCACAAUGUUUACAGCCCUGUCUUAGGGCCUUGGCUGCUCCUACCUUCUACCAACUUUCCUUGCUUGCAGGAUUAUCUUCUCACAGGGCUGGAAUGCAGAGUUCAAAGGCUCCUUUUGAAGAUUCUCUAAGUCAUGCAGGCAAGAUGCCUAGGUCUUCCUUUAUCUAUGAAACGUAACAUCCUUUGUAGAGGCUGGAACACCUCUUUGGGUACUGUUUUGUGUUAGGAUCCAAUUUGUGGUGGACUUCUUUGGAAGGGAAUCCUCUCUUUAAGCCGCGUUGCUUUAUCCUGCUAAUGUUCUCCCAGGACAAUGUCUGCUCUGGAGAAGUACAGAAGGGCUGAGUGACAGGCACAGCUACCCUAGGAGCUACAGGAAGACAGCAGCAGCCCCCGCCAUGUUUUGCUUCCCAAAACAGGAGGAGCAAGAUGUGCAGGCGCUGUUAGCACAGCGUGCCUUCCUGCUCUGCCUGCAGCCUGGGCACGAGUCGGGUGUGGACGCACAUCUCCUAGGGAAGAGCCUGCCGCAGUGCCCACCCAAGUGCAGCACUUCUGCGCCAAGGGCUUCUCUCUGUACUCAGGAUCGUGUUCUUGGAGGGAGGUUUUGUCUAUGUAAAGAAUUGGAGAGCACAACAGCAUUGGUCUCAGUCUUACAGGACCAGACAGGUGAGGUGGGGCAAAGGGAGCUGAAGACGUCUGUCCUCCUGGGGAAGGGAAGGCCAGCCUUGGGACCUUGGCCAAAUUCCUUCGUGUGUGGAAAGAGAUUUCAGGGCCAUGUUGCGCCCCUAUCGCACUUGUGGGUAGAACAGAGGUGGGACUGAUUGAAGAGGAAAAGACAGUCAAUUCAUGUUCUGAGACACGUGCUGUCCCUCCUGCUGUCCUACACACGCAGAUGGCCUCCCUUCUGGAGCCGACAUCCCUGCUUGGAGCUGCACCCAACAGUGUGCUCUUGCCUAGUUCUAACAGGAAAGUCCUUCAUUUAAACUGCUCUGAUUGGUGGUACCUACGACCUAGGACCUGUUUGGUUUUUGACAAGGAGUGAGGCACGCAAUGCAGGAGGAAGUCCCUAUGAGUAGAGAGCAGAUCAUUAAGCCCAGAGCUUCCAGUAAUCCAGCUUUGUCCCCUUCUCCUGCCACCCCUGCCCCAAAGCAUCACAAUGCUUGGUUAUUUAAAAUCCAUCCCUGCAAGACAGGAAGAAACUGGUUUGUUCAAAAACAGGCCCUGAAGCCUUGCUUGGGAUUGCAGGGAUGCCAAAGGACACUGCUCUUGUGUCUUUUGCUGGAGAUGCCCCUGUUUCUGUGUCCCCCAAGUUGUCCUCACAGUGGUAUGUCCUGUGCCUUUGUGCUCUGGGCCAGGAGAGCAGGCAGAGAAGGGAUGCUGGACCAGUGUAGAGCUCUUUCUAAACAAAGGAAAAGAACUCAGUGGCCUAGUGUGGCCAUUCUCUGACAAGAGGCCAAAGCCAGGUUGAAAAUUGCUGUUAGAUGUGGUGAUUUAUGAUAAUAGCCUCCAUGAUUGGGGUCAUCUCUAUGGAAGUGACUUCUCCCAGACUGAUCCCUUUGCACCUCUGAAUGGCCAGGUACAGAGCAUGAGAAGGGUUGGUUGUGGAAGGAGAGCUCCAAAGGAUGAAAGCUUCUCCCUGAUCAAAAAGAAGUAUGUUUUCAUAGAAUUCUUGUGCAUGUCAAUAAAUGCCUCCCACCUAGACAAGGGACUAGAUUCAUCUGGCCUUGAGGCAGGCCAGUAGUUACUGAUGAGUCAGACCAGAGUGUCUGCCUUUGGGGCUUCCCUUUUGUUUGACUGUGGGUGCCUUUUCUCCUGGGUGCCAUACUUGCUGGUUGGAAAGGUGAAAGGUUUAGGAGAUAGGACCAUGUGGUGCGAUGCUAGCCACAACAAAAUUCAUUAAAUAUGAAAAAUCUAAUAGCAACAAAAAAAGUCUGAAACAAGCCCACACUGAAACACAUCCCAUCCCAGUGGGAGGAAUUCUUGUGGUAAUGCUCUGCAUACGAGAAAGGAGUCAUCACUGUCCCCCCUCCUAUCUCUGCCUAGCUCGCCAGGCUGCCCAGGGCUUACCAUGCAGAAAGCAGUUAGACGUGCUCUGGAAGUUUCUGUUCUUUUCUCCUGGGGCUUAGGACAUUCUGGGAGCAGCCUGAGCCAUGUGCCUCAGGCCGAUAUGAUUUUCCUGUUCUGGAUUGCUUGCUGGAGGACUAGGAAACAGACAUUUGCAGGUCAUGGAGUGGGGUGAGCAUCAGUGUGUGAUCUUGACCUAAGCUGGGUCCUGAAGAGAUUAAGAUGAAUAGCAAAAACAAAACAAAAAUUACUCACACUGAGCAUUGUGAUCCAUUAAAAAUUCCAAAUACUGUC